UUCAACGCCUUUCUAAAGAUGGCUGCCGUUGCCUCUUCCACCGAUUACCUACUUUCCCUGGACGCCGACUCAGAUUUCUACGACAGCCUCGAUGUGCAAAAACAUGCAGUGGCCAUCAUAGGCCGCUAUCGGACGAAGAACAUCCGUGGCUAUGGUUUUGUUCGACACCGGAUGGCCAGCUCUGCCAACGACGGCAGCAAGUUGUGGAAGCACCACGCGAUGCUUUUUUACCUGCGCGAGUGGUCGAGCAAGCCGUUCACCGUCUUUCUGGGCCUCCAGAUAGAGCGCACACGGAGCACUGCGGACGGCUACGUCAGUGGACUGGUUGCUGAAGUGGCGGCCUCGGUGGACUUCCUCAUUAUUGUGGUUCAUACCAUCCUCCGUCUUGGUGCGUCCUCCGCCAACCGUUGCCAAGUGGAACCCAUGUGCAGCUGGAGUGGCGAUUUGUUCAACGACAAGCAUCGUAUUCCUGUGCGACAGGCAACCAGCAUCCUGAACUCCUUGAAGCUCCGCCACAACGUGCAGGUGCCGUUGCUCCUAUCGCUGUCCUUAGGCGUCUUACAAUAUGACGUCAACAGAGACCACAGCAACGAAAGUCCACGUUUAAGAGGACUGAAUUGUUCCAACGCUUUUCUCCAACCGUUCACUACGGUGUGCAAUACCAAGUCAACCUUCAAGAGCGGUGGGCAAAGAGAAAGCAUGCUGUGUCAUUACCAGGACGACCCAGUACAUGGUAGAUGGCGCACUUUCAUGACAUCUACGGACAUCAUGAAUCAAACACAUUCAGUACAGCAUGCGCUGGACCCCUCCGUCGCGGCUGGCGUCGGCUGGGCUGUUUACGACCUUGAACUUGAGGAUACCAGCGGCGACUGCGCUGCGUACUGGGGUGGAACGAAGGAGCACCCACAGACGUUCGCCUAUUUUCGACUAAAGACCGCUGCGAAAGAAAUACUAGCGCUGAAAGAAACAAAGACAUCUGAUUUCAACGCCACAGGAAGCACUGUGGAAUGGUCCCAGCCAUUACCCGACGCGGAAGUUACCAUAGCGCAAUCAAGAGAAUACGACACAAACGUGACGUCCAAGAACUCUGAAUACUAA